GUCUGCCAUUUCCUCUUUUUAUUCGCUGUUUGAUGCCCAAGGUUUCCUAUUACAUUGUCGUGCGAGAAAUCACAGUUCGUUGUAAAUAGGCGGCUGUAAAUUUACCAUCUCUGCAACUCACAAUCUUAUAACAAAAAAUGGUUAUGCCUCGGUUGAAGCCCUUUUCUGGCCAAGAGCCCAAGGCAGCCAGUCCAGCCAGUGAACAAAAGCCACCUCUGGAUCUGAGCCAUCACUACUCUCGAGUGACCAAGGCCCGGCAGGAGAGCAAUAUUAAGGCAUUUUACAAAUAUUUUGCUAUCCCUGGCAUUGGAAACUUAGCAGGUGGUCUACCAAACGCAUCAUACUUUCCAUAUGAUACCCUACAGGCCAGAGUUGCUCUACCUGACCGCUUCGAGCCUACUUCCACCACUUCAACCACCUUCUCACCAAAAUCAACUGAAUCGCGGAUAGCCUCGGAGCCAUUCGCCCGUAUUGUUGUGCCCCGCGAGUCCUCUUCUUCCGACCCUUCAUCUAAAAUUGACAUCACUACUGCCCUUCAAUAUGGUCAAGCAAGCGGAUAUCCACCUCUUCUCUCCUUCGUGCGCCAAUUUACGCGCGAGAAUCUUCACCCUAAUGUCCCUUACGCAGGUGGACCAGAGGUGAUACUUACCAACGGAGCACUCGACGGACUUUCCAAGGCAAUUGAGUGCCUGAGUAAUUCAUGGGACAAGACCCGCGAUUGGGUAAGUGAUCGUGAAGGGGUUCUCUGCGAAGAGUUUUCCUUCAUGAGUUCUAUCCAAUCUAUGAGGCCGCGAGGCUUGCAGAUUGUGCCAGUGAAGGUCGACCUUGAAGGGAUACUACCGAGCGGUCCUGGUGGACUAGAGGAUGUUUUGGAAAAUUGGGACAUAAGCAAAGGAAAGAGGCCUCAUCUUAUGUACACGAUAACCAUUGGCCAGAACCCCACAAGCGGAAUACUCUCUGUCGAGCGGCGGAAAGAGAUCUAUUCGAUCUGUACUAAAUACGACGUUGUGAUCAUCGAAGAUGAUCCUUACUGGCACCUCCAAUACCCAUCAGCAGCUUUAUCCGAGGCAUCCGCACGCAACCUCCCCCCUCCAGCACCAGUUACCACAAUAUCAUCAUCGCAAAAGUCCUCGGGCUUCCCAUUCCUUGACUCUCUCGUCCCUUCCUAUCUCUCAAUAGACACAGACGGUCGUGUCGUCCGCCUCGACACAUUCUCGAAAUCAAUUGCGCCCGGAUGCCGGCUGGGUUGGGUCACCGCACAGCCCAAGCUCAUAGAACGCCUCCUCCGCAUUACAGAAGGGACAACGCAAAACCCAUCCGGCUUCGUCCAGGCAAUGGUUGCGCAGGUCAUCAUGGGUCCUCAGAGCAACGACCGCAACAGCGGCCCCACUGGGUGGAAAGUCGACGGGUGGGUGCGCUGGCUUGAAGGGCUAAGGGGCAAUUACGAGCGCCGCAUGCAGAUAAUGAGCGCGGUUCUCGAGGAGGGAAAGUUCACAAUACAGCAGAAGCGGAUGGCGAAUGACGAGGACGCUGAGUGGGCCGUUGUUAAGAAGGCGGAAAUGUACAAUUUCUGCUGGCCGCGCGGCGGGAUGUUCCUAUGGCUGAGAUAUAAUUUUGAUUCUCACCCGCUAGUUGGACAAGUUGACGGUCCCCGCCUUGCGAAGGCGCUUUGGGUCUGGCUCACGCGGAAGCCAUAUUUGGCGCUUGUGAUGCCGGGAGAGAUAUUCGAUGCUGUUCCGGGGUCGACAACAUCGGAGGGAUGGAGAUUUUGUAGAAUCUGUUUUGCGGCGGUGGAAGAGGAGGAUGUACAGAAGGUAAGUAUCGGGUUUGCAAGGGGUGUUGAGUCAUUUUGGCACCUGAGGAAAGUGAAGGAUAUAGAGGGGAUUGAAGCAUGGGCUGCAAGCGAGGAGAGGGAGCAGCAGGGAGUGACGGAUUUAGGGGCCGGCUGGGCCUGUUGAGGUUUCUAUAUGGACUGAUCUAGGUCCAUUCCCCAACAACCCCAUUACAUAGUAGUACGGCGGUGUAUAUUUGAAGGAUAUGAUGUGUACUUAAGGCAACGAGGCUGUUCUCAUAUGGUGUUAUGUAAAUAAAUGGUCACUAAAUACGCAUCACUGCUUCUCUUCAUUAGUGUUCAUUCAAAUAUCAUAAAUUCAAC